GCUUGCAGUACUAGCAGUAGUGUAAUUUCGCUUUGUUGCCAAAUGGCAACAUUGCGUAAUAGAGGGUUAAGAAUAUUUUAAUUGCAUAAUUUUUUCAGACAAAAUAGUAUUUUUUGCAAACCAUAAAAUAUUAUUUUCCUCAGUUAAGGAAGAAAGUCUUUUUGCAAGACUUACAAUAGUCAGAACAGGUGGAACAUAUGGGCAAGUUAGUGCACUAUUUACAACCCAGGCAGGCACUGCUACAGCAGAUCUGGAUUAUGUAUCAAGUACUGGUCAGAUAGUGAUGGAGGACAGAGUCCAAAAUGUUACUUUGAAUAUAAGUAUAAUUGAUGACUCACUGAUGGAGUCUAAUGAAACUUUCAAAGUGCAGCUGUCCAAUGUCACUGGUAAGUUCAACUGAUUGGAAAUAAGUUAAUUUAUAUACAAAAGAAUUAUAGGAAUUAUAACAUUCCCAGCCUGUGGCUAGUGUACCAAAUUAGAGAAAUGAAGUCAUGUCUUUUUAUUUGGGGGCAUCCGUAAUUUGAAAAAAUGCAAUGAGCCACUGAAAAUGAAACAUUAUUUUACUCUAAUUGGAAUUAUUUAAUUUAGCUUUUACAUAAUGAAAGUAAACUAAAUAACUUUCAGUUAAAAAAUCUUGAAUUGUGUGAUAAUGACGACAUGUCACUAACUUAUUUCUCCUUGCCUAUGCCAUUUUUCUAGGUGGAGCAUUGCUAGGUGCAGUUAACGUUGCUACAGUAGUUAUUCUUAAAUCAGAUUAUCCAAAUGGUAACUUUUUGUUUCGAGGCCCAUUAUUUUUGGAUUUACCGAAUCCUGCAACACCAACUAAACAAACUUUAUCCAUAGAGAGAACUGGGGGAGCUCUAGGCCAACAACAGGUUUGCUUUAUCUUUUUAGGUGCUUGUUAAGUUACUUCAUUUUUUUUUUUAAAUCGUUAAAUUAGCUUCCUCAACUAUUCUACAAUAUCAUUAUUGCUAGUGCAACAAUUAAAUUUAAAUGAUUCUAUACCUUGGUCCUUUAUAGGUAUUCUGGCGAAUAAUGGGCCCUAACAAUGCCAUGCUUCAGUUAGUGGGAACAGGGGAUAUAAGCAGUGUCGUUAAUAACCAGGAUGUCACCCAGGGAUCCUUAACCUGGCAGGAUGGAGAGUUAGGGGUCAAGCAACUGGUCAUUGACAUAAAAACCUACACUACAUGGGAAGUGGAGAAGUCAUUUGUUGUUGAGUUGUACAGAGUCUCUGGUACUCCAACAGGAGUUGGAGAUGGAGAGGUGGUUGGUGUGCAAGGCAAACUGACCAUCAAGGUGAGCAUAGCACACAUAAAUGUCUUGACAAUUGCUUUUUGUUUAAAAUAUGGCAGUGUUCUGGGAUAUUUUGAAUUAAAAUAAAUAAAAUAUGCUGAAUCUCUAAUGCUAUAUUUAUACAUUUAUUUUGUACAGGGCUGGCCUAAGUUAAUUUGAUGCCCCAGGCAGUUCUAAAUUUUUCCUUCAAAUUUCGGGUUGAUAUUUAAUGUUCAUAAUUUUAAAAUGUGUUGCUGAAGAAGAUAGAAUGUAAGGAGCCUUAAAAAACAGUCUUAUUUUGAUAACUUAGUAUAAACAAUAAAACAUAAAUAUCAUUUAGAUUUAAUAUUGAACACAAAAAUAAAAUAAUCUGGUUGAAAUUAAAAUUGCUAUGUUAAAAAGGUAUAGCCUAAGGGGUUUGUAUUUACAGGACAUCCCUAAAAAAUAUGCAUCUUUUCCACCCCCUACCCUUUGUCCACCCUUUUCCAUGUGUUGCUCCUUUCUGGGCUGCAUAUAUCCACAUACAGCAUUAUACAGAAUGAAAUGCCAGAGAUUAUAAUUAUGAUUAUAAAGAGCAAGGGUAACCAGAUUUAAACUACUGAGUAUGAUAAUAUAAAUAAUACAAUUAAAAUCAACCCAACCAGUGGAUUCAAGAAGUUUUCUAAAAAGCCAAAACUCACAUUGUUUAUAACAACAGCAACCAGUUAUUUAGAAAGAUCUUCAUGAAUUUUUUAAAACUGGUUUCAGAUUAUACAUAUUUUGAAAGUAAUUCAAUUACCACUUGCCAAUUUUUCGAUUCAGGUUAACAGAUUUGGAGAUCCCAGUGGUGUAAUCAGAUUUACUGGUACAUCAGUUGACGCCAGACAAGUUUUAGAACCUGAUGGAACUACACCUGUACCUUUAGUGUUUCCUGUUACAAGAAGAAAUGAUACCGGUGUCAUUGGAAAUAUUCAGGUAUAAAAAUGUGCAAAAAUCUUAUUUUAUAUUCUCUGUAUGCAAUUUUCAUUAAUAAAAUUAAUUAUUUUAUAAUAAAGGUUCUAUUAAAGAUAACUCAAUCAAUGUUUGAAUUGAUUUUUUAGAAUAGUUUUAAUCUUAAUCAAGUAUUAAAUAUUUCAGAUUUACUGGGAAGUAAAAGGAACUAGUACAGACAGCCCUGAUGUUCAGCCCUUGCAAGGAUCCUUAUCACUAGGGGAUGGUAGGAGAGAUGGUCAAAUUACAUUACAGAUAUUACCAGAUGAUAUUCCUGAACUGACUGAGACUUUUACACUAAUUUUAGUGAAAGUUGAAGGAGGAGCACAAAUAGACACACAGUUCAAUCAAUCUACUUUCAGCAUCAAGUCAGUCAAUACAUAUUUUAGUCAAAUGAUUUAAUUUCUAAACUCUAUUUCAGCUAAAGGAAUGGUUUGUUAAGUCUCUUACAUGAAUAGGCUAUCUGAUUCUAUAUAGCAAAUAAAUUAAACUUAUCUAUUUUAACAAAUGUAUUUAAUUACAAUUGAGGAUAGCAUUUAAAAUCUAUUGUGGUGAGCUUUUAUGUAUUGUUUUCAAUUUUAGUUUGACAAUGUCUUAAAAAUUUGUAUAAUGUUCUUAUAAUAUUCUAUAAAUCAAAUUUAUGCUUAACUAGCCUCUGCUUUCCAUUCUACUUUCCAUCCAACAAUGAAAGGAUGUAAGUUUUAUGAUUAAUUUAAUGUUUUUUCUUCAGAUACAAUGAUAUUCCACAUGGAGAGUUUGGCCUUGUUCCUACAUCUCAGUCAGUAGAAGUAAAUGCUGCAGAUUUAAGCAGACAAGUGAAGUUAAACUUUACACGGUUUUACGGAACAUUUGGAUCAGUUUUAUUGACAUUUAAUAUUGGCUAUGAUACUGUAAGUAUUAGAGUCUCUCAGUUGUCUGCUUCUUUGAUGACUAGUUGCACUUGUUUAUUUUUUAAAAUACCGAUUAAAUCAUUUGUUAUGCUUGUAAAAAUAUUUUGGAGGUUUAAUUAAAAUAGCUUAAUGUUAGGAUAAAAUGGUUGGACAGCACUAAUGAUUACAAUUGAUAGAAAGAUAAUAGCCAUAGAUGUGAGUGUGCUUAUAGUUAGUGUCUUUUCUUAUAGUUAGUGUCUUUUAAUAUUACAAGAGACAUUGCUAAUUGUGUGGAGUCUUAACAAUGUUUACUAAUGAAUUCUUUUAUCCUGUUUUAUUUUGAAAGACCGGCACUGAUGUGGCCCUCAGUUUGAACACAGGAACAGUAACUUUCACCAAUGGUUCAAGUGAGGUCAUCACCCUGGUCACCAUAACAGGGAAUGCUUUUCUGAAACUUGGCUCAACAUUUACUGUGUAUAUAACAGAUGUCCAGUAUUUAGGAUCAGGAAGUAAGAAAUGUUUACCACUUAAACUUGAACAAUCAAAAUGAUUACAUUAGCUGGAAAUCUCUGCAUUGAUCUCACUCAUCAACCAUUAAGGCAUGGUAGAUUUUUAAAAAGAGGAUUUUCGGAAUGUAAACCUGAGUAAUCAGGCUAACCAUGGAAGUCCGAAGGCAGCAACCAAUUUCUGUUAAAAACUGUCUUUGAUUGGCCAAGUGGUCUGUAGUUGAACACAAUUAAUGGCCAAGAGCUGGUCAUGAACUCUGAUACAUAAUGAGAUAUAAUAAAUUAUCCUCUCUUUCUCUCUCUCAGUCUCUAUCUCUCCAUCUCCCAAGAUGCGCUUGAGUGCCCUAUACCUAUAGAGAACAUAUUAUCAUUGAUUUAAUAUUAACUGUACUCUAAUGCGAUUUAGUCUGACAUUCAUAUUUAGUAUGCUUACUGGCUUUACCUAAGCUAAAGUUUAGCUGAAAAUAUUUAAAUCAUAACCUUAAGAUUAAGGGUGUUCAAUUUUAAAUUUUCAUUGACUUUAUUUCCAUAAUUCUCCAAAUUAUCUUUCUUCUUCUUAUGCCUUCUUACCCCACCUCGACAACAAUUUUUCAUUCAUCACCAUCCUGUGUUUUCCUUUCCAGUUGCUCCCAGGUGUAUCCCAUAUUUUGUGUGUCUGCCUCUAGCUUGCCUCUCCAUGUAUUCUUUAGCCUUCCUCUUUUCCUUUUUUCCUGUGGGUUCCAUGUUAGCGAUUGUCUGGUGAUGCUACCUGGGGGUUUUUGGAGAGUAUGCCCUAUCCACCUCCAUCUUUUCUUUAAUAUGUCUUCAUCAAUGGGCACCUUUUAAGUCCUUUCUACUAGAUCUAUGUUAGUGAUGGUAUUUGGCCAUUUGAUGUUCAGGAAUUUUCUAAGACUAGUGUUUAUGAAGGUCUGUACUUUCUGCGUAAUGCUCUCAGUUGUUGACCAAGUUUCUGCUCGGUGUAGUAGGACUGAUGAAAUUUGUGUUAAAGAUUCUGACUUUGGUUUGCAGCUUCAGCUCCUUCGACUCCCAUUUAAUAGCACAAAUGCUGAUCUAGCUUUUCCAAUUUUAGCCCUUACAUCAGCAUUGGAUCUGCCAUUUAUGUCGAUGGUGCUGCUUAAGUAUAUGAAGGACUCCACUUCUUCCAGUGCCUUUCCUGCCAGAGAGAUAUGCUCUUGGUUCACUGAGUUUACCUUCAUGUUCUUUGUCUUGCUUUUAUUUAUAUUGAGUCAGAGCUGGGCUGAAAUUGUGGCUACGUCUUUCGUCUUUUCCUGCAUUUGUUGCUGGUUGUGGGACAGAAGUGCAAUGUCUUCUGCAAAGUCUAGGUCAUUCAGUGGUUCACAGAGUGUCCACUGUUUCCCGUUCCUGUUUUUGUCUGUGGAUUUUUUUCAUUAUCCAGUCAAUGGCAAGGAUGAAUAGAAAUGGGGACAAGAGACAUCCUUGCCUGACUCCAGUUUCCACUUUAAAGUCGUCUGUGAGUCUACCUUCUUGGACCACCCUGCAUGUCAUUUCUUUAUAAGAACUCUGAAUGAUCCUGACUAGUUUUGCUUGUGCUCCAUACUUCCGAAGAAGUUUCCACAAGGUUUGUCGGUCUAGGCUAUCAAAGACCUUUUCGUAGUCUGUAAAAUUUAUAAAUCAAAAUAUAGGCCCAUAUUAAUUAUUGAUUCCCUUCAUAUUUUGAAAAAAAAUCAAAGAAAUAAUUUUUUGGCUAGAUUUAGUUUAUGCCUCAUAUUUUAAAAGAUAAAGAUCAUGUUAAUUGAUAAUAAUCAUAUAUGAAAGUUUCUGCCAAAUAUAAAUAGCAAUUAAAAACAAAGAAAUGUAUACUUUAUAUUAUGUAAAAAAAAAAUAUUAAAAAAAAAUUGUUUCCAAUUAAAUAACAGAAUUAUCAAUUUCACUACAGUGACAGAUCCACCUCAAAUUAAAGUUGGCUAUUCCAAGACUCCAGUGACAGUAACAGCUCUGGCAGCUAAUACGGAAAUUAGUUUCUCAAGUGAUGUGACUUUUGUUAAUGAAGGUACUUUGACAUCUGUUAAGAAAUUCUGUUUAAUGUGUUAUUUUAGACAUUCUGGCUCAAAACCCAGCAAAAAAAAAUAACCUAAGCAUUAAAAAAAAAUUUAUGAGACUUUUAUGGCGGUGUUAAAUUUUUCCCGCAAAAAUAAAAAUAAAAUUACUAUAUAUUGGACCCUCAAUAUUCGUCUACGUCAAUAUUCAUCUUUUUUUUUUUAUAUGCGUCCUGCUUUUUUGUAGAAAUGUUAUUUUGAUAUUCUCAUGAAAAUUCUAUAUUCAUCCAACCUGGCUCAGUUCCAACUGCUUAAAAUUAAGGAAUGGCCAUCCAUUUGGGCUUAAAUGCAGAAAUUCCUUGAGAAAAAGCAAUCAAAGAUCGCUGUAAUUAAUCAGCAUAUCAAUUUAUUUGAUGAUGAUGUAUUUGGACCCUUACGGAAACUUUUAAAGAACUUGACACAAUAAAAACAUUGAUUACCCGGUAGUUCUUUUUAAAAAAAAUUAGUGCUGGUGAAUUAUCUGAAAAUGCUGGUGAACCAUCAGGACAUCAGUCAACAAAAUACCUGAUGUCAUAAUGGAAGGUGACUACCGUACCAAACUAUAGACUAAUCUCUAAAGCAUAAAAACGCUUAACAACAUUCAUUUUUUUUUCACCACCUCUUGUAGAACAAUAAACCUUGGGUACGUGGGAAACGCACAUUUACCACUUAAUUCUAUGUUUAUUUGCUUUGGCAGUUUGGAAGGUGGAGAGGGGAGAAGGGGUUUCUCAAAUGACGGUAACUUUCUGGUUAAAAUUUAAUUUACCUACUUAUGUAGGCAUACAUUAUAUUUAAGGCAUAACAAUGAGUAAAUCUCUGUCAUAACAUAAAUUAUUGAUGAAUAGUGGGCAAUGUGAAAUUCAAAUGUAUUUGCAAUGAUUUCUGGAUUGGGUUUUUGACUGAAUUUUUAGGGUUUAUUAUCAAAAAUAGAUUGGCCGGAAUUAGGGAAAGUAUUAAAUCAUUUUUAGUGAAUUCCAUUGUUAAAAAUUUAUUUGAAUUUCUUCCUUUUUGAAAUUCAUCCUUCUUUUAACAGCGGAUUAAUAGCAAAUAAUUAGGGCCAACUGUAAUUUAAAUCUUUCUUGAAUACAUUUGAAUUUCAAAUAAUUUUAUAUCAUCAUGUUACAAGACAAAGUUUAAAAAAAAUUCAGUUGGCUAUAUUUUUUACAAAAUGCUUUAAAGGUAACUAAAUUUUAGUAUUUGAAUGAAAUACAUAGCAUUUCUACAACUCCUAAUUUGGCAGCCAUUCGAACCAAUGAUAGCAUUGUCGACAAUAAAGUAAAAGGGAAAAAUGGUUGAAACUGGUCUUGGCUCAUCACCAGCUUAUUCAAUUAACUUGAUGAAAUUGUCUGUCAGCCCAGCAAGGCAACUAUUCUUGGGGAGGAAAUAAACGCUUAUUAAAUAUUUCCAGCCAUUGAGGUUGCAACAUAGAACCCAACUUUGCAGCAUAGGGAUUCAUUUAAAAUCUGCUGUACAAAUUACUUUAAAGAUAGUUUUAAAAAAGACAAAAAUCAUGUUAAUUGGUCUUUAAAAAUGUGCUCCAAUAGUGGAUCAAACAAUGACUGCAACACUCUUCCGGGCUGGGACUUAUGGCAUUGUGAGUAUUGAUUGGUCGGCUGGCUACACAGACCUUCCUGGCAAUAUAACCAAUGGGGAGAUAAGUCCAAACUUUGGUAGUGUCAAUAUGCGUCAUGGUCAGGAACAGGCCAACAUUACUGUACAGGUAGGAAAAUAAAUUAGACAGAGCUAUCGUAUUAAAAUAUAAUUUUCAAGCAUUUUUUUUUUUUUUUUGCCUUAUGAGAUUGGAGAGCCAACACUAAAUAAUUUGACCAUUUAAAUUAAUAUCUUUGUUAUUCACAAUUUUUAAAUAUUUAUAUAUGUAGUCUUUUAAAACAUUCAUUUGUACCAUCUAUUCAGUUGAUAAAAUUUACUAUCUACUAAUAAUUUGACGCCUGUUCAUCCUAACAUUUUAACAUUCAAUCAAAUUUAUUCAUUGUUUUCAAUAAAUUUGAUUACAGGUUUCACCAAAAGUCAAUAAAACAGAAGCUUUUGUUCUCCGUUUGCCUCGAGCACCACAAUCUUUUGUCAGUGGUGGUGCCAGGCUAGCAUCCUCACGCAUCAUGAUUAGAGCAGACCCAUCAGGUGUUAUACAGUUUGAUGAACUCUCACUUGCUGCACAGGUUUCCGAGGUUGAAGGAAUGGUAAAAUAAAAUUGGGUUAUUCUUAUGUAUCAAAUUUAUUCUGACUGUAAUCAUAAAUGAAACAUAAAAUUUGUUUAAAUUUGAAAGAACUUGAAGAUUGAUAAUGAAUGAAGAUUAUGAUUGAUUAUUUUUUUUUAAAAUUUAAAUGUUUAGUCUAUCUUGUGUGUCUUCACUUUUAAACUAUUCUGAUAAAGAAUUUAACAUUUUAAAAAUCAAUUUAUCUGUCAGAUAACUUUAAAAGUCUUGCGUCUCUAUGGUUCUGAAGACAACAUUGCUGUUUACUACCAAACUGUACCAGGCUCUGCUCAGGCUUUUCUAGACUUUCAGUCUAUUUCAUCUGGGAUUAUUAACAUGAAGCCUCAAGAAACUGUGGCAACCAUACAGAUUCAGGUUAGUAAAAAUCAAUUUCAUUUACGAUCUUUGUCUAAAUUAGGGAUGUCCAACCUUUUUGGGUCGAAGACUACAACCAUCAUUGUAUAAUAGUUCAUGUAUUACAUCUACCUUAAAAAGGGAACACUAACAAUUCUUAACAUAAAUCUCUGUUUGCAAAUUAUGAAAAUGUAAUUUUAAUUAAAAUAAAAAAAAUGAAAUGUAAUUAGCUUUAAUAUGAAAAUAAUGUUAUCUUUUUUUGAGAAACGCAUAUCUCUGACCUAAGUAGUCAGUUGUUACAAUUUUUUAAAUAACACAUUAUAAUGUAAUAUCUUGUACAAAACACCUAAAAAACACUUUUAUUUCUAGAUAUAUCAAGACAACAUUCCAGAGCAAACUGAGAUUUUUUUUUUAAAUUUGACAAAUGUCGAGAAAUUCCCAACACCACUGCAGCCAGGUAAAUGUUUAUCAGCACAGAAAUUUGUAUAUAUAUAUGUAAUAUAAUAUUAUUUAUAUUGAUUUGACAUUUCUUCAUUAAAAACUUUUCACUUUAUGUAACAAUGUUACAUAAUGUACCAUUGCAGUUCUCAGCCCUCGAUUGUCCACAGUGAAGUCCCUGAGCCAGAUAUCCAUCAUGGAAAGUAAUGAUGCCUAUGGAGUUUUGUCACUAAAGCCUACUACCACUGACAUUAAUGAAUCCUUUACUAACGUUACUUUAUCAGUAAUUAGAACAGGUUAGAUUGAAGUUUUACUAAAUUUUCCUAUUUUAAAGAGAAGCCAUGAAAGAUUUGAAUUUAAACUGCUCUCAAGGUAUUGAUUCAGCUGUUUGAAAAUGAAAUAUUUUUAAUUGUAACAUAUUUUUUUAGACUGCAAGGUUUUGUAAUAAAAAGAAGUUAUAAUGCAUGUUACUAAUCUAUAUUUUUUAAUCAGGUGGAUUAUUUGGUACAAUUAGUGUAACAGUAAGGACAGUUGGGGGUGGAGAAAGUUGGACAGACCAGAUUGUUGCUAAUAUCAACAGCCUAACAAAUGAUACCAUAGCUGAUAUUUUGGGCAAACGCUCUAGCUAUGAGUCUGCCACUGGUGGUAUGGACUAUGAAGUACUGAAUACUGUUAUAAUAUUUCAAGUAAGAAAUUAAUUUUCCCUGACAAUGAUCCUUUCACCUUAAGAAAUCGCUUAAUUUUUGUGUACUAUAAUUAUAUUGGUUUAUGUAUACACUAGAGUUUCAUUAUGAAGUAUGAUGUAAAUGGACAUAUAUAUUAAAAUAUUAUAUAUUUUAAAAAGACAACAAUCAAAUUUACAAAUUUUUUGUAGUCUCAAGAAUCUGAAAAAGCUGUAAAAAUCACAAUUUUGGAAGACAACUUACCAGAACCAAGAGAAAGUAUUUUAGUCUACUUAACCCAACCCACUGGAGGUGCUAGGAUAGCAACAGGAACUAAUAUAGAUAGUGGACAAAAGGCAAGUUAAAUGAUUUCAUUAAGCCAAGUUUUGAAAUGAUAAAUUUAUUUCUCAGGCUAGAAAAAGAAACAGGAAUUUAUUUGGAAAUAGUCACUCCAAGACACUCAGUCUGUGACUUUUACCCUUACUGGACUUCAUGGAAUUUAGUGUUGCUUGGGUUUGAAUUCUAUAAAACUGGGAGUAAUUCCAAGAAUAUUUGAUUUGGUAGGGAGCUCUGAAGUUUCUUGAGCAAAAUGUCCCUUCUUUAAAGACAAUCACAGUUGAAAAAAAAAUGAUGAAUUAAUUACCUGAAAAAUUUAGAAAAUAAAUGAUUUUUUUAAAAAUUCAACAUCGUCAUAUACUUAGUUUAAAUGUGUCUUUUGAUACAUGGAAACAUAAUAUAUUUUUCAAAUUUAAAAUAACAUAUUUCCAUUUCUAUUAAUCGGAAAAAUAACCUUUCAUAUAGUGUCUUUGAUUUGGGGAAGUCCUUGAAGUUUUUUCAGCAUUGCCCACAAUGCCACCUGCUACAAUUUAAACUAGAAGUGAGACACCACCCUUUAACUCUUUGCUUACUGCUAAGAUACUUUUAUUUCUGCAAAGGAAAUCUGCUUUCUAUUUUUCUAAAGGUUUAAAUUACCUUUCUACAAAGCUAUAUUUCUAUGUUUACUGCAUCCUACUAGGGUUAUGCUGUUAUAAACAUUGCUCCUAGUGAUCUGAGUAAUGGACUGAUUGGUUUUGCUGAAUCCUCUAAAAAUGUUCAUGUCAAUGAAGAUACAUCACCUACACUUGUGCUGAAGUUGACGAGACUUAAUGCUUUCUUUGGAGUUGUCAAGGUAUCUAUGUUAAUGUGAAUUUUUUCCUUUUGUAAAGUUCUUUUAACUGGAGCUGAAUAGAAAGUUAUUAUCAGUAAAUUUUUUUGUUAUUUCUUUAAAAAAAAUAAAAAUGAUAAAAAUGUAUUGCACACCACCACAGAAUAUAGAAAUUUCUUUUCAUAUAUUUGUUUUUCUUUUAGUUUUAUAUAGUACUUUGCUAACUGAAGAAAACAAAAUAUGAGCAACAUCAACAGAAUUCUACAGUUUUACUGUCAAUGAGUUUUAAUAAAUUUCAGCUGAACAAGAGAAUUAAUGAUAAUCUUUUAUGCUUUUUUCAUUCGAUCUCACAAGCAAAUGCCAACUAAUUCACAUGCUAUUUCUAAUGACAUGUUUUUCCUGUAGGUCAACUGGAAAGCCAAAAGAAGCCUAACCAGUACAGACCAAGAUGAUGCAGAUUUAUCUACCCAGCUUGUAAAUGUGGCUGGUUCAACAUUAUGUCCAGCUGAACAAAGUUUGUGUGACCUCAUUGUAGAAAUAAAAAAUGAUGAUGUGAGUAUGAACCAUUUUUUGUGAAGUGAUCCUUUUUAUUUCAUUUUUUUAAUAUUGUAUUGGGAAAAAGAAUACAAAUCAAUUUUAAUUUUAACUACUUUUGCAAUCAGUCAUAUAUUACUCAUUAAAACAAGAACUCAGUACAGCAACUGCUCAUUCCUGCCAAAGACAGGCGACUAAACUUGCCUCCUGUCUUCCAAUCCCGGGUUCAUAAUACCAUUGAUGAGUAGCCCUUGCAACCAGUGAACUGUCCCCUUUAAAACCAUGCACAGUUACUCUGCGAACCCUUCUACAAACAUAGGAGCAAGAAUGAUCAUGCAUUAUCGUUGGCCCACAAAAUAUAGAAGAAGAAGACUUAGAUUAGAUGUCAUAGCAUGAACUAAUAAUUUUAAACUAAAAUCUUUUGAAAUGCAUUUUUAUAAAGGAUACAUUUUAAAAGUUAAGAAAAUACAAUUUUGAUUGGGGAAAGAAAAUUUGUAUGCAUUCAUUAAAAAAUUUAAAUUCAAAAAGAAUUGUACCUUUUGUUGUACCAGAUUCCUGAAGAAAGCUACACAUUUAUAGUACUUCUUACCAGUGCUGAGACUGAUGCACAUCUCAAUGAAAACAGCUUGUCAGCAACAGUGACCAUUGAUCCAAGUGAUAAUGUUAGAGGACUUUUACAGUUUGCUCAAAAUUCCAGGUUAUUACAAUUUUAAUUCAUUUUUUGGCCAGAGAAAUAAAAUAAUUGAAAAAAAAACUUACUAUUUAUUAUUCAUAUCCACAAAAGAAAUUAUAUUAACCAAUGUAUGGCAUCUUUCCGUCUGCGGGAGACAAUAGAUUAUCUUUAUUGCUUGCACCUCUUGGUGUGGCUGGUGAGACCAAUAUUAACCAAUAUGCUACCUAAAUAAACACCUCCUUAAUGCACUCAACUGUAUUAUAUGUGAUAUAUUUUUUAGUUAUAAUUAAAAAAUGUAUUUUCAAAUAACUAGUUUAUUUUUUUUAAAUUUUAAAACAGAGAAAUAAAACAAAUGUACUACUGUUAUACUUUUAAUUAGAAGUGCACAUGUGAAGGUGAAAAGUAGAGCAAUCCUUCUGUGUCUUUUGAUUAUGACUUAUAAUAGUUCGAUGCCAUUUCUUGGGCUUACUAAAAUAAUCAACUUUUAUGUAAAAAUGUGAUUCUUAUUUAAAGGGUAAUGAUAGUAGGAGAAAAUGCCAGAACUGUUCGGCUUGCUGUUGAGAAAGUCUAUGGGCAAAACUAUGAAGUAACUGUAGCUUACAACACCCAGCAAAUGACACAAAGUGCUGAAGUCGCUGGAGUAAAUGUCUAUCCAGCACUUGAUGCACAAGAUUUUCGAGGUCAAACAGGAACUUUGAUAUUUCCUGCUAAAACCCAGGUCUGUUAUGAUGACUUUUUUGUUUUCCUAAGGCUUCAGACUUUAAAAGAUUAUAGGUGUUUUGUAUCCUUGAAAAAACUACAGAUUAUAUUGUUAAGGAUAUAGUCAUUACUUAAAUAACAAAAAUAUUCAUUUCUUACAAAAGACUCAAGUUAAAAUGUUUUGAAUAAUUAUUUUUUUAAUUACAGACAAUACAGUUUGUUGAAAUUAGUCUUACUCCUGUGCUGGCAUCAGAUAAUCCUUUGCCCAAGCAAUUCUACAUAACACUAUAUUCUCCUUCCAGUGAAGCUAGGUUGGUUACUUUCUUGAAAACUCUUAAUAGUAUAUUAUCGGUUUUAUGUUCAUUCACGUUUUACUGUCACAGGCUGUUACAUAGAUAAAAUUAUCCAGGAAAGAAAGCUACUUCCCUCAAAAACCUUCUCAUCUCUUUUAGUUUAUUGUUUUUAUUUAAAACAAAAUUUGGGAAAUGAAGGUUUUAUUUAAAUUUGCAACCUCUCAUUAAAAAACCAAGAACAUUUUAAUCAUACGUAGUUAUUUAUUUAAUAUUUGAUGUGAUGAGAUAACAGUUAAUGAAAACUGUAUUGUGCAAUGCAUUUGACAGCGUCAAUCCAAAUGCAAGCAGAGCUAUUGUCAGAAUAGUGAGGGAGACAGAUGUUCCUAUCUGGACAGUCUUCAGUCAAUCUGGAAACGAUUCCUUUUCAAGGGAUGUAAACAUUAUGUAUGUAUUUUAAGAAAUUAAUUGGCGUAUUUGAAAGUCUUUUUUUACUAAAAUCUGAAACUCACAUACCUAACUUUCAGUAAAUAUUAAUAGUCAGAGAUUAACACAAAAAAAAAGGUCUAUCAUUUGAGUUAUCUAAUGAAUAAACCAGACAUAAGUUUUACAGUCAACAAUAUUCAAGUGCCUCAUGUCAUACUAAAAAGUGAUAAUUUAUACACAUUACAACUUGUCAUAAAAAAACAAUACGUGUACUUAGCGAUUGAAAUACUUAAUUUUAGAACUCAGUCUUUCACCUAACUAGAAAUGUCGAUGUAGCCCUCAGUAAUAUUUCUUUAAAAAUGCACUACAAGAUGCAUAUUUAAACCCACAAUCAUCUGAUGAAAUCAUCAGAAAAACUGCAAAAACAUGAUGCAAGUUCACCAGUUCAAAACUACAUGACUUUUCCAUGUAAAACUAACUCCCUGUAAAAUCAUCAUGUCAUGCAAAGUUAAUAUCCUUUAGUCAAAAUUAUAAUAAUUAGUAAAUCUAACAAGUCUUAGUAUUCCUGCUUUUAUAGUAAAUAAAAAUAUUUAUACACUAAUAUCAAUGAAGGCAUUUCAAUAUAUUCAGUUGAGUUAGACAAUAAAUUAAAAAAGCGAUGAUUUGCAAGUGCUGAUUUUAAACAAAUUUCAUCCGGCAGUACUACUAUAGGUCAGCUGGAUAACCUGGCACAAAAGACAUUGACUGUUGAAAACAUACUAAUCAUAGAAGAUGUAUUAAAGAAAGUAAAUGAGGAGGGCAAUCAGAGAAAGUAAGAAUAAUUUUUUUUUUUUUGAUAAGAAACAUAAUUUUUCAAGUUCUACAGGAUUAAUGGGACACAAAGAAAUUGUGUAAAUAAAACUCUAUGUUAAGCAUAAAAAUUCAAAAGUCCUGCCAUACAUAUAUUAUGUAAAUUUAAUUGAUAAUUAUAUCAAUGCUUUUUGUUGUUCUGAUGAAGGCAUUUGCCAAAAGGUUUGAAUUUGUAUAUUGUGUAAUCAUAAUUAAAAGCUUAACAUAUAUUGUUUUAUUUACACAAUUUUGGUGUCUCAUUAAUCUGCUUAAAAGCUUUAUCGCAGUCCAACCCUAUUAUAAUUAGUCAUUCAAGUUAUACAAAAUAGAUGUUUGUUGUCGGCAAAUAACAGUAAGCACAUCUUUUUAAUUUGUUUCGACUAUUUAGUCAAUGGACUGUUGGGAUUUAAAGUGAGAGUUAAUUUUUUUUAAUAUUUGAUUGGUCGCAUCUGAUGCAACUUGUUUUCUUCUUAAAAAUAAAUAAACUUUUUUAAAAUUUAGUUUUUAUUUAAUUCCUUUGAACCGGUGUCAUGGAAAAUGACUGUCCAUUUUUCUAAACCAAGUGCAUAAUUAAAUUAAACUAACCCAAUUCUCAGGAAAUUUUGAAGUUUAUAAAAUUAUUUAUUUGUCAGGUUACCUACAGAAGUCAUCACAGCAGUCAAAGAUCUGUAUUGCAAGCUUUUAGAUGAAGCCAUUAGUGAUGCUAGAAGAGGUCGUAAUCCAUUGGCUAACCUAUUGGAGAACUUUGCGUAUACUUUCAUUAAAGACAAUUCUUGUCCCCCAGCUAUCAAAGAUGAUGUGUAAGACACAUUUGCUCAUGUGUUUAGUGUUUGCAUUUUCAGAAUUUUUUUUUUAAUAAGGAUUAAUUAUUGCUUUAAGUAGACUCAGAUGAUGAGCCAGAUAGCAAAACAAGAGAAACAUUAAAGCUGAAGAAUAGUUAGAUUUAAAAAAUCUAUCUCUGUUUACCUUUCAGAACAAGCUUUCAAUGUUCAUCUGUUACAAUAAAAGCUGGAAGGUGGAAUCUAAAUCAACUAGGUGGACAUGAAUUUAGUAUACAGUAAGUGUGAUAGUUUAGUAUGCUUUGAGAUUUUGAACUACAUGUUGGGAGAGAAAAAUCUGUCAUGAAAUUGUUCUUAUUAUUAAAAUGUUAAUUGAUUGCUAUUAAAAAAUAACAAAAUGUAAUUCUAAAACCAUCAAUUAUGCAGAUCAAGAGGUACAUUUGCAGCAGCUCAGCCCAUGCCUGAUGUAGACAGAUCAGCUGAUGGUGCACAAGAUGAAGUAAGUUAUCAGUUCAUGGAUUUACUGAUCUAAUCUUUAAUUAUUUAGUGCUUGAUUAUAUGAAUGUGAUAAAAAAUAAUAUGUUAGAAUAUGUUAUUCUUUUUUUUUUUUAAAUUAACCACUUACAAGAUGUGUAUAACACAUAGCUAUAUAUUUAUAUAAAAAAAAUUUAUGUUAAAACAUUUCUUUUUCAGUGUGUUGACUUUCAUUUUUUGGACUAUAACAGCCAAACUUGGUUUUAUACAAGUAAUGGGGAAGACAAUCUAAUGAAUCAGAAGGUAGAUUUAAUUAAUUCUGAGAUAUACAAAAAAGAAAGUUGUAAUAUUUUGAUUACAGAUUGUAUUAAAAGAUGUUUAAGUAAAUUUAAUGUAUUAAUAGAAAAAGGUUUUCUUAGAUUAACCUAUUCGUUCCAUAGUAACAUUUUAAAAUAUUUUAUUAGAAUAAUGUUGUUAGAGUCAUGUUUAAAAAAUGUGAUAUUAUAUCCUACGUCACCACAGUUUUGUUUUAUGAAACCAAAAAAAAAAAAAAAAGAUGUCUCUUGGAGCAAUUAAUAUUUGACUUGUAUCUUUGAACAUGCAUUUUUAAUUAUUUUAAUAUAAAUCAGGUCAUUGGCUUUGGGUUGAAGGGUAGAGCCUCUGGUAGUAUUCAAAACCCAGUUAAAUUUAGGAUACAUACUCCUGACAGACGCAUUGCAGCAAGAGGGGCAAAGUAAGUGGAUAUUUAAAUUAAAUAUAUAAUUCAUUACCAAUAAAAAGAAACUCAGCUUAAAAACAGCACUUAACUGAAAUGGAAAUUUAUUUAAGGGUAUAACUUAUUUCCUUGUCUCUGCUCAACCACAGAUGUGUUUAUUUUGAUGAGGGUUCUAAAAAGUGGGUUAGUCCUAAUGAUGUUUGUCAGGUGAAAAAUGACCUGACUCAAGCAGAGGAUGACUUUGUUGACUGUGAGUGUACUCAUAUGACAAGUUAUGCUGUCAUUGCUACUACACGGGAUGAGAAUGUAGUUGGUUAUACUGUUUGGUUCUAUGUCAUCUGCUUUAUCUGCAUGGUGAGUUCUAUUAAUUUGAACAAUAUUUCAUCUGUUAUUUUACUCUUUUUUUUUUCAUUAUACUUAUUCUGAUUAUUUUAUAGCUUUAAAAUUGAUUAAUACCAUGAGCAUUUGCUUUUAUUGACACCCAAUUUGUUUCUAUAUUUUAAUUCUAUUAUUCCCUCAAAGUUAUAAUUUUUACAUUUCACCAUCUUCCUCUCCAUAGGCCUCAAUGAUGAUAGUGGUGUGUGUCCAUCAUUUAUGCUUUAAGAAUGCAUCAUUCUCAGCAAGCAUGAACACACAUUUUUUUAUGGCUAUAUUUUUCUUUCAGGUUUGUCAAUUUUUAUGGCUUAACUUAAUAUAAUACUAAAAGUAUGACCAUUAUAACAUGAUUUUGUCUAAGAAUUAUUUAUCACAACAUCUUGUCAGUCUUGAAAAAAAUAAGAAAAAAAAUGUUCUCGCAUAUAAUGGAACUAAAAUUUUAAACAAAGCAACCCUUUUUGUGCUAAAAUCUGGAUCUAUAAUGCCAGAUUAUUUGUUCAUCUUGUUUGACAGUGUGUGGUUUGUUGUAAGAUUUCAAUUUUAAAAAAUGUAAAAUAUGAAAUAACUCUUUUUUAAUAGCUGUGCUUAGUUCUGGAUGCAUUUCUCUCCCCUGAUGAAAUUCUUGCCUACAAUACUGAAAUGAACAACUCAAAGUGCAUAGCCAUGGGCUUAUUCUUACAUUACUUUUUCCUUGCACAGUUCACAUGGAUGGCUACUCAGGUAUUUAUAGCAAUCUGUUUCAUUUAACCAGGUUAAAAAAACAAUAAUUUAAAGAGAAAAUAAAAAUUGCUUUUGGAUUUGAGAAAACACAAUUCUGAUACCAGUUUUUUUCUUUCUUCACAAUCUACCAGAAUCACUUUUCUAAUAGUUUAAAAUCUUAUUAGUUUAAUUUUAAUGGUGUUCAUCAAAAUGUAAUGUUUUCAUUUUGUUUAAAUCUUAAAGGCAGUAAAUCUUUGGAAGGUGCUCAUUAUGAAUGAUGAGCACACAGACAGACAUUAUAUUGUAUUUUUUAUCAUGGGAUGGGGUAAGUACUAUAUUGGGAAUUUAUCAGUUUAUUUUAAAACAAUAAACUUUGAAUUAUUUUGAUAAAAGUCAAGAGACACUGUUUUAUACUUUUAUAGUUUCACAAUAUUCAUGUAUCCUUCAUUGACAGUUUCGCAAUAUUCAUGUAUCCUUAUUUAGCAGUUUCAGUAUUAAUUCUAGUGUUAAACAUUUCAGGUGUUCCACUUAUACUUGUCGCCAUAUUCUAUGCUGUUACCUUUAACAUCUAUAAGUACCACACAAGCAUAGAAGUGGACUUUAUAUAUGGCGAUGUCAACAAUAAUAGAGAUAUGUAAGUAUUUCAAAAGAUAUAACUUUUCAUUUUAGGCUUUUUUGAUGUUUUAAUGUAAUAAAUCUGUACAAAUGGAGAAAUCAAUUGCAAGUUUUAUUACACAAUUUUUUUUCCUAAUAAACCAUUGCAGGUUUAUGAAAAUGCUGUUAAAGAUGUGAUCAGCUAAAUAUAGUUUAAAGUUAUUUAUUUCUACAGCAUUACAGAUUUAUGGUUUAACAUCCUUACACAAUGUUGUGUGUCACUUCAUACCGUUUGUUAUUUAUAGAAUGAAGAUGGUCAAUUCAGUUUUUUUUUUUUAAUAAUGUAUAAAUAUUUAUUUGCUUCAUAUUUUUAUACUACAAGUAGAGAAAUAAAAAAAUUAAAACGACAACAAAUUCUCUGCCAUCCAGAUGUUUUAUCACAAAUGCUUAUGCUGCAAUUGGUGGCAUUCUAGCACCUGUGCUAUUUGUCUUACUGCUUGCUGCCAUUGUGUUCGUAAAGGCGUAUCAGCUGGCAGCUCAGUGGAAUCUAUAUGAUGAUCUCUACUUUGGCAGGUACAAUAACAAAGGUAGGCUACAGAUCUUAAGAUUUCUAACUAUAUUUGAGUAGAAAAAGAAUUAAGAAAAUUAUUUUAUAGAAAAAUAAGUGAAAUAAUUUGAUGUUUUACUAUAGAAAUUAGAUCUGAUUGUAUGAGUUAGGCAUUCACAAGUUCAUAUUGACACAAAAUUAUAUGUGUAAUAUAUAACUAGUGUAAAAUAUCAUAUGCAUUUUUUUUCUCUUAAAGAGUUUAAUGAAAUUAGAACACUUUCUCCAAAUUCUAUUGAUUGUUGAUCUAUAUCUAAAAAUAAUCAUUGUCAUGAAAAUCAAUUUCACACUAGAUGUCUCCACUGUUUCUUAUUGUGUCUUUAUUCAAAUUUGCUACCUGUGUUUUUUUCAUAAAUUUAUGUAUUAGAUAAAUGGAAAUAAUAAAUAUUUUUAUUGUUUUAAAGUAAAUUUAAAUUAGCAAUAUAGUUUAGUAGUGAAUGUAAACUUUACUAAACAUCCUUAAGAUAAAAACAAUUAUUUCAGAGAAACCUUUUGAUUGACCAACGUUAAAGUAUGAAUCUGGUUUUUGAAUUUUGAUACCCUUUUAGUUACUUUUAUAGAAUUUGUUUAACUUCUCUUCAUCUUUUGUCUUAUCUAUUUAUGUGAUAUUUAAAUUCAUAUUUGUUUUCUCUGCCACAGAAAUUCCUCUACUUCUAACCAUCUGGGGAAUACUGUUGUUGACAUGUUUAUGGCUGGCACUUCAUAUGAUUUAUGGCUUUCUCUGGAUGUUGGUGCUCUUCUGUAUUUGUAAUUUAAUUUUGGUAAGAAAGGUCUUGUUAAAGUUUAAAGAUUUGUAUAUAUAAAUAUUUAUAACAUCUUUAUUUAGGGAAAACAAAUAUUUUUCUUUCUGCUUUUUUAAAAAAACAUAUAAUUUGGUUAAGACUGCAUAUUCUGCAAAGAAAAUUUUAUUUUUAUUUCAUCAAUUGAAAUUAGUUUUAAUUUUCUUAGAAUUUUCUCUUUUUUUUUUGUAAUGAGCUAUGAAUGAAAUUUUCAUCACUCAUCUCUAGAAACCUAAUUUUAAAUCCCUUGUUUUCAAACAGGCCAUUUUAGUGUUUGUGCUGUAUGCAGUAAUCCGUAAUCCCCUCCUGGCCUUCAUAUUUGGUCCCACUAAAGCUUCAUAUUCUGUGUCUGGUGAGCAGCCAGAUGACCUCGCAGCUUUUCCUGCCCCAGACAAACCUUUCCAGCACUAUAACACCAAUGGGAGUGUCAAGGGCUCACACAUAUCGUUACUGAAUGAUGUAUGUAUCUUAUUUAUUACAAAAACAAUUCACAAGCAGCUGACAUUUUUCAGGCUUACAUAAUUAUCUGCCAUGGAUGAUCGGUUUUUAUAUCUUAUUGCAGUUGUAUAAUUGUUUUGUUCAAAAGUUCAAUUCAUUCAUUGUAUCUAAAAUUUAAUCCAACUUAUAGAUGGAAUCCAAGAAUGACAACAGCUCUGCCUGACAAAAUUUUAUUUCAAAUCAAUAUAUAAUUUAUUUGUUUAAUAAGUACAGAUAUUUAAGUACAGAAAAUUCUAAGUUUAUCACAUAUUUUCCAGGCCUGGGAGAACAAUACAACAGGGGGCAGGAGCAGGAUGACAGUGAGACGUGCCCUCCCCUCCCAAGUGUACAUCAACCCCCCUGUGGCAGUGAUAAGCCCCACAGCAACAAUAGAUAGCGACAACCCAGACUUUGAAGAACUUAUCUAUGCACUAAAGAUGGGUCAAAGCAUGAGCUCUAGUGAACUUUCUAGGAGCUUUGAUGAUGACAUGUCACAGUUGUCCAUUAUACUUGACAAGUAUGAAACAAAACGUAUUGACAUUGCUGACACACAUGUAUAAAGAUUUAAAUAUUUAAACCAGCUGAAAUUUUUAAAUAUUUAAUUAAUUUUUUGAUGAUCAAAUGCUGUGUAAAUAUAUUUAUUGUAAAAAAAAAAAAGUAUUGAGGUAUCGUCUAUAAGUCAUCGAUUUUACUUUUCAAUAUUUUUGUGAAUCAAUUGUUGCUUUAUUUAGUCUGUAUAAUUUUUAAGUUAUUUGACAAUAAUAUUAAUUUUAUUAUGAAAUGCUUUGUUUGAUUCUUUUUAGUAUAAUAAAACAUUCAGAGAAAAUAAAUCUCUUUUUUUAUACAAUUUUAUCAAAGAUUACACAAGUUUUUUAAAUAUAUUACUUACCAUAAAAUGUAUCUGACAAAAUAAAUGCAUUCUAUUAAAUUUAUGGUUUUCAAUAUUUGUUUGUUUUUUUUGUAGUCAUUUAAAAUAUUCAUUGUGUGUCAAAUAUUUCCAGAUGUCAGUUACUCUUGUGUGAAAAUGAGUAAUAAUUGCAAUGUGUCUAUUAUUCUUCCUUCCUUUUAUUUAAUUGACAGAUGCAAAAACAGAUGACAUAAAAAUUAUAAUGUAAAAUUGUUUAAUUUAUUAUUAUUAAAACAAACAAGUUACACAAAUAUUUCUCAAAAUAUGUCAUUGUUAUUUACAAAACAAAGUUGAUAGUUUGCUGUGUUUAUAGUUAUUAUAAAGUAUAGUUUGCUAUUUAAUAAUGAAACUUAUAAUUUAACUUUUUAUUUUUUAACUGCUAAGAUAAAAUCAUGUUUUUGUAAAUCAUUUUAAAAAAUGUAUAAAAACUCGUCAAUAUUCAUGUUUCUAAUUAUUGAAAGCCACAGUACUUAAAACUCUGUGUUUUAUUCAAUAUUUAAUAAAUAAAAAAAUCAUAAUAUUUUACAAUUACAAAACCCAUUAAGUCAACUUUCACUUUGGCUGGAUGAUGUCUACAUCUAUGAAUGAAAUUAUCAAUGAUAGUCUUAGUGAAGAUCUGUAUUUACAAACUAAGCCUAGAGAUGUGUGAAACAUAUUAUUUUUAUUAUAUUCAGUUGAAAGCAGUGCUAUAGCCAUUGUCUUAGACAAUGUAUUAAUGGGUGACAUUGUUAAUAUUUAGAUUAGACAAUUUAAAAAAAAAAAAUGAUAUCCAUUCAAUUGGGAAUUUACUUUACAAAAUUUCCUAUACUAUGACAAUUUAUGUUAGAAAAUAUUUUGUGAAG